UAUAUCGACAUCUCAGGAGACAGCAUGACAAAGAGCCAAGAGCCAUUCAUCCUAAUUCGUGUCAGUUUUGUUCGAAAACCUUUAAAACCAUAUAUACUUUACAUCGACAUGUACGCCGAGUGCAUUGUAAUAUCCCUGCUCCUUCAAAUACACAAUCCUGUUCAUCAUCUUCUGAAGAUUAUACACAUCCCUUCUCGCUUUCUAAAACAGAUGCUAAUAAUCCUCCUUUAUCCACCUCACAUGUCUCCACACCUUCCAAUUUACUUUCACACGCAACACCUUACACAAAUUCCAUUCCUUCUACUACAUCUAUAUCAGAUUCUCCUCAAAUAUCUCCCCACAUAGCUCCAUCGCCUCCACCCUCAGUGACUUCCCCACUCAGUUCAAAGGAAAAUUUAGUAGGUACACCAUCGAAAACAGGCAGGAUAAGAUGUCCAGUUGCUCCCUGCUCUUCGGUUUUUUCCAGAUAUGCAUAUUUGAAUCAUCAUAUUAAGUUAUACCAUGAUAUAGCUAUAGACUACGAACAAUUACAGUUUGAAAAGUUUGAGGAAUUUGAAUUAUGGAAAUCAGAAGUAGAGCAGAUGGAGUUAGCGCGUUAUCUUCCAUGUACUUCAGGAUAUAACUCAAAAAGCGACAAAACGAUGUAUUAUGAUUGCCACCGAUCGUAUAUAUAUAAACAGAAACAAAUUAAACGCUUCAGAAACCCCAGCAUCAAAACUGGGAAAGCUUGUCCGUCAAGGAUUAUUUGUAAAAUUGAUCAUAAUGGAGCAGUCAAUGUGAAGUUCUGGAAGACACAUUUAGGGCACAAUAAACAGAUUAAGUCAAUUUCUUCACUGACACCGACAAACUCUGGUUUUGACAAUCAGAUUUUGGAAAGGGAAAUGAUUAAAAACGCGAAUGAAUUAAGAAACAUGACUAAUAUUAAUACAUCAGAAGACAUGGAUCAUCACAACAAUGAUGAAAAAUAUUUAUGGGCUAUGCGAAUGGACAUCACACUGCAAUCUUAUUUGAAAGAAGCUUAUAAACCCGGUGUAAAUAAAAAACUGUUUGAAAAAGGUGUUGCCCUUAUAGCUAUGUCAUUGCCCAGCUAUAAAACAACACAACAAGUUGACAUUAAAAAGAUAAUAGAAACACAAAGAAAUAAUUCUAGGUCAAAAUAUGCUUUCCCACAAGGACAAAGUGUUAAACAACAAAAUACUGACUGAUAUCCAUAAGAAACAUCGACAAGAUAAUCGUUGGAGCUUAUGAAGAUCAGUCAGGACUUGCACAUGCUCGAAAAUUAACUAAAUAGAGUUUUGGAAAACACAUAAGGACACAGUAAACAGAUUAAAUUGAUCUCUUUAGAUAAGGACAUAUCAAGUGUAAAUUUUCAAACGCCUUGCAUGAUUAUAAAAUUAACUAAAUUAAGAUUAACCAAAUAACACAUUGAUAUAUCUCAAAAACUAGAGCUGUGAAAGAAAUUAUUUUGGAAUUGGCGGUUUCAAAUUUUUUAAAAAUCAUAAAAUCUCUGACAAAAAAUCUGUCACACAGUGUUAUUAAUUCAUAAAGAUGUGAAGAAUUGUCCAACAUGUGUAAACAGUUGACCUAAUCGAUAAGAAUUUAUUUAUAGUUUAAUAGAAGGUGAUAACACAAAAUGUUGUUGAUCAAGCCUCACUCAGUCCUAAUGAUCGGGCAUUACAGUACUAUACUGCAUAUUCUCAUAUCGUGAAAUAUAACCAAUGUUAUUAUUAAAAUGUUGUACAAAUGUAUUAUAAAAAAAGCUUUGUACUUUAGUGCCAUGCAUUCCAAAGCAGUACUUGCAUAAUAAAACUAGUUCAUGAUCAAGCAUAUGAACAUGUUUUUCUAUAAUUUGUAAGACUGAUUUUUCGAUUGGAGAAAGAUUUUGAUUCUACAUGAUGUAAUAAUGAGUUUUUGAAAGGUG